AUGAGUGUUGGAAGAGGACAUACAUGCACAAUGUACAGAGGGCGAGAGAUACACAGAUAGAGGGAGAAAGAAACACAGCGACAGGAGGAAACCAGUUCAGAUUGUAGGACUGAGACAGGAGAGAGAGCAUUUAAGCUCCCUUCAAUUGUCUCCCUCGCCUCCCAGCACAAACACAUGCUCAUACACACUCCCACCCUCUCUCCCUGACUCUCAAAAACACACACACACACACAAGCACGAUUGCUUUAGGGUAUACCAGUCGGCUUUGGCAGUCUUCUCCUUUGUUGUUUUGCUUUUGGUUAGUCUCGGCGGCGGCGCGGCGUGUGCCUGUAUCGCCGGGUGGGUGCGUGUGCAUAUGUGUGUGUGCGGAGUCUGCGAGGCGGGCGUGUGAAGGAUGCCAGUAGCCGGAUGGAGGUGGAUGCAGACGACAAGCACCACAGAACCCGCUCCAAAGUGCCUGUGGAUCCAGUCUUAACACAGCUUUUCAGUGUGUACGGCUGCCCCCGGGCAAAAAAGAGAAAGAGCCUAGAGAGACAAACCCUGGACACCUCCCCCAAGAGGAGCACCUACCUAGAUGACAUGGACAACUCCACCAUGGAGGAGUGCUACGAGACCGACGGCACGGAGGAGAUGGACGACCGGGAGGAAGAGGAGGAGGAAGGAGCAGUAGAGGAGGAGGAAGAGGACGGAGAAGUGGAGGAGGAGGUGGAGGAGGUGGAAGGCUACAUGGACUACAACAUUGAGCAAAUGGAGCACGAAGAAGGUGUAGUGGAGAAGCAGAGG